AUGGCCGACGAAAGAACGCCGCUGAUCCAGCGCGUCGACGUGAGACCUCAUCGCGACCGUUAUCCACAUCAUCGCCUGCGGUUCUUUUGCACCACACUCUUGAGCGCAACGAUAAUUGCCGGUGGAUUUGCUGCAGUCUACAUCUUCAGUUUUGCGCCAUCAAGUCAAGAACAAGCAUCUCCCAUAUCGCGGUUCUCCCUACCGUCGUCCUUGUCUACAUUACAGAUACCGGAAGGAUGGGCGCGCAAGACAGCCCUAGAUUUCGACCUUUUACAGAGUACCCUCCUUGAGACACCCAACGCAGCAAAGGCAGAAGAAUGGAGCAAGUACUACACCAGUGGGCCGCAUCUUGCGGGAAAGAAUCUCAGCCAGGCGCUGUGGACCAGGGAACGAUGGCAAGAAUGGGGCGUCGCAAGCGACAUUGUCGAUUAUGAAGUGUACAUCAACUACCCCAAAGGCCAUCGACUAGCUUUGAUGCAGUCAUCUGGAAAUAGCGAUGGACAGGAGAAGAACGGCGUUCAAUGGGCGAUCAAGUACGAAGCGCGACUGGAAGAAGACGUGCUGGACGAAGAUAAGUCCAGCCAACUUGCAGACCGCGUGCCUACUUUCCACGGAUACAGCGCUUCAGGCAAUGUCACAGCACCAUACGUCUUCGUCAACUAUGGAACAUACAGGGACUUUGAAGAACUCCAGACUGCCGAUGUCACCCUCAAGGGCAAGAUAGCAUUGGCCAAGUAUGGUGGUGUAUUCCGUGGUCUAAAGGUCAAGCGCGCUCAAGAGCUGGGCAUGGUUGGUGUAGUAAUGUACUCAGACCCUGGUGAUGAUGGCGAAGUCACCGAGAAGAAUGGAAUGGCGACAUAUCCCGAUGGACCAGCCAGAGAGCCUAGCAGUGUCCAGCGAGGCAGCGUUCAGUUCUUGAGCUUCGCGCCAGGUGAUCCAACAACACCAGGAUAUCCUUCGAAACCCGGCUGCCCUCGUCAACCCGUUGACCACGCCAUGCCCCACAUCCCUUCGUUACCCAUAUCCUACCUUGACGCCCUUCCUCUCCUCCGGGCACUCAAUGGCCACGGCCCGAAAGCAUCUUCUUUCGAUAAACACUGGCAUGGUGGUGGCUUGGACUACAAGGGUGUGGAUUACAAUAUCGGACCGUCACCAGACGAUCUUGUCCUGAACCUGGUCAAUGAACAAGAAUAUGUCACCACGCCAUUAUGGAACGUGAUAGGAAUCAUCAACGGUACCCUCGCGGAUGAGGUAGUUGUUUUGGGUAACCACAGAGACGCCUGGAUUGCUGGUGGUGCCGGCGAUCCCAAUAGCGGCUCUGCAGCGCUUAAUGAGGUUAUCCGAAGUUUCGGUGUUGCUAUGCAGGCGGGUUGGAAGCCCAUGAGAACGAUUGUUUUCGCGAGCUGGGACGGCGAAGAGUAUGGCCUGGUUGGAAGCACCGAGUGGGUCGAGGAAUACUUACCUUGGCUUUCUGCAUCCACUGUUGCAUAUUUGAAUGUCGAUGUUGGCUCAGUCGGGGCGGCUUUCAAGCUCUCGGCCGCACCGUUGUUAAGUAGGGUAGUCGAGGAAACCGUCAAAAUAGUCCCGUCCCCCAACCAAACCUUACCCGGACAAUCAGUGUACGAUACAUGGGACAAGCAAAUCGAAACCAUGGGCUCUGGCAGCGACUUCACUGCCUUCCAAGACUUUGCCGGCAUCUCAUCCAUCGACAUGGGCUUCGGUGGUGACUCCAAGUCCGCGGUGUACCACUACCACAGCAACUAUGAUUCUUUCGACUGGAUGAAGAACUACGGCGAUGCGAAUUUUGAAUACCACGCUACCAUAGCCAAGGUCUGGGCUCUUCUCGCCGCAAAGCUCAUCGAGACACCUGUUUUGCAGCUCAACGCUACAGACUAUGCGCUUGGCCUCCAAAACUACGUGCAGGCUGUCAAGCAUAGCGCUCGCACCAGUCCCGUAAACAAAGACCUUUCCAUCUGGCAACCCCUGGACGUAGCAGUAUCCCACUUCAUCUCUGCAUCCGCCGCACACGAAGACAAUGCAGCCUCUCUUACCGAGCAAUUCGCCAACAUUGGCGACAUACCUUGGUGGCAGCCUUGGAAGAGAGUCCAACUUUACCUCGCCAUCCGCGCCAUCAACACAAAGUACAAGUACCUCGAGCGCAAAUUCUUGUUCCCUGAGGGCCUGGAUGGAAGGUCAUGGUUCAAGCAUGUCGUCUUCGCUCCUGGAAAGUGGACUGGAUAUGCCGGCGCCACCUUCCCUGGCAUCGUCGAAGCCUUCGAGGAGGGCGAUGAAGCAGCAGCUAAGAGAUGGGUGUCGAUAGUCAGCAGGGCCAUUGACGGUGCUGCAGACUGGUUGGAAGAGUAAGCAGGGACGUACACAGUGUCCAAUAUUCAGUGUAUAUCAGAUUCAAUGUAUUG